AUGGCCGCCGGUGCGGGGCUGGCGCUGCUGGCGGCGCUGCUGGCGGCGGCCGGUGCCGAGCGGAGCCGGGAGGUGAGCGGGGGCACCGGGGGUACCGGGGGUACCGAGGGUAUUGGGGGUACCGGGGGGUACCGGGACCGAGCGGAGCCGGGGGGUGAGCGGGGGCACCGGGGGUACCGGGAAUACCGGGAGUACCGGGACCGAGCGGAGCCGGAAAGUACCGGGGGGUACCGGGAAGUACCGGGGGGUACUGGGGGGGGUACCGAGGGUAUUUGGGCUACCGGGGGGUACCAGGGCCGAGUGGAGCCGGAAAGUGAGCGGGGGUACCGGGAGUACCGGGAACUCUUCGAGUUCAGCGAGGCCAAAGCUCCUUCGGGGGAGCUCUUCUACCCCGCCUAUGACCUGGCGGAGUUCUCCUGGGACAGCCUCCGCCUGAACCGCACGGCGCUGACGGCCGAGCUCCGCGGGGCGCCGGCCGCCGACCCCGGCGGGGCCUUCUCCAACGGCAGCCUGGCGUUCCGGCUGACGGCCUACAGCUCCGCGGGCCGCGCGGCGCGGCUGCCGCGGCUGCUGCACAGCGCCGAGAGCUGCCAGCUGCAGUUCCUGCUGGCCGGGGUGGCUCCCCGCGGGAACGGCUCCCGCUUCCUGCUGCAGCUGGCCACGGUGGAGGCGCCGGGGGCGGCCCGCAGCCUGCGCUCCCGCAGGUCCAUCGACGACGAGUACACGCCCAGCAUCUUCCAGGUGCUGUCCCUGCUGGCUCAGCCCCACAACAGCAGCUCCGUUUUGGGAUUCCUGCAGUGGAAAGCCACGGCCUACGGCUCCCCCAGCCCCCGGCGUGAGGACGGCAUCCAGUGCAGGGCUGGGGGGCUGCAGGUGGCCAACGGGACCCUGCCCAUGGCCAGCGUGGUCCAGGCUUAUUUUGGGGAGAGUUUGGGCAGCAGCUGCACCAUCAGCGCCCUCAACGUGUCCUUUGGGGGUGAGGAGGGAGAGGUGUACCAGGAGAAGAGGUACCUCAGCUGGUCGGUGCUGCUGGGUUUCGGGGAGCCCCCCAGGGACACCUUCUCCCCCCUGGUGAUCUCCAUCGCCGCCGUGGCGCUGGGCACCCCGCUGGCCAUGCUGCUGCUGGGCAGCUGCCUGCUGCUGCUGGCACGGAGGCGACGCUACUCCGAGUACGAGCCCAUCAACUGAGGGGGCACCGAGACCCCCGGGACCCUCCCCUUCCCGUCCCAGUGUGAGCCCAUCAACUGAGGGGGCACCGAGA